CUCGUCUUUGACAAGGCGCGCGUAUUCUUGACUCGGCCAGCGUGGGAGUAAGGCUGUCCGCGAGAGACGGCUGCCCGAAGGUGGUCCGACCCAGCGCCUUCUUCGCCCGAAACACGGUGGUUCGUUCGUUCGAGCUGAAUCUCGUUCGUUAUGUGAAUCGCGAGUGAGUCUCCGUACCCGCGUUCGAAUCCGACGAGAUAUAUUCCUGCGAGCGGAACGUUCGUAAAGAAGAUCGCGUUUCCAGUGUGUACCGGUCGCGGGAACGAGUCACAGUGAAAACGGGAUCCGUGACGGUUGCGCUCGCUCAUACGUACCGUACACAACGCACCGUAGUUUCUAGCACCCGUAAAGAUUUACCAGUGAUUACGUUACACACCUAUGAAGUGGUACCAUGGUACCGUGAUGGAUAUCCUCUGUACAAUGUAGACUCUUGACUGUUGAACUGACACAUAGACCUACAGGGUGGGUAGAGAUCGGUUGGUGUUAUUCCCACUGGUCGGCUCGUGUUUUUGGGACCGGUGAUUCCCCGCGAUACUGGGUACCGUACUCGCGUCGUUGCCAAUCGGCACAAGAAUUUCGGGGUUAGGUUCAGUGCCGGUAUUAUUAUUCGGUGUGCGGUGUUGGUGAAGUGGAUAUGCGUCGAUCUUUGUUGUGAAGGUGUACACCGAGGGAUUCUUCCUGGAUCGAGCGGCUAGGACAACCGGAUAAAAUGAUGGGACCAGCCAGGAUUUUUGGGGUUUACGCGCUGCUCGCGCUGACCUGCGCCACUUUGGCAGAUGUCAUCGAGGAAAGAGUUUGCAUCGGAACCAAUGGCCGCCUCUCUGUUCCGUCCAACAAGCAACACCACUACCGGAAUCUUCGAGACCGGUACACCAACUGUACUUAUGUCGACGGUAACCUGGAGAUCACAUGGCUUCAGAACGAGACCUUCGACCUCAGCUUCCUCCAGUAUAUACGGGAGGUCACCGGCUACGUCCUCAUCAGCCACGUGGACGUCCGGAAGAUCGUUCUGCCGCGGUUGCAGAUCAUACGCGGCAGAACGCUCUUCAAGCUCAACAUCCACGACGCCGAGUUCGCCCUGUUCGUUACGAUGUGUCAGAUGCAAAACCUGGAGAUGCCGGCCCUCAGAGACAUCCUCAACGGCAGCGUGGGCAUGUACAACAAUUACAACCUCUGCCAUAUCCGCACGAUCAACUGGGACGAAAUAAUCACCGGCCAGGGCGGGAAUUAUUUCUACGUGUACAAUUUCACGUCGCCGGAACGCGUGUGCACGAACUGCGAUAAGAGCUGCGAGCAGGGCUGCUGGGGCGAGGGGCCCGAGAACUGCCAGAGGUACUCGAAAACGAACUGUUCCCCGCAGUGCUGGCAGGGCAGGUGCUUCGGGCCCAAUCCGCGGGAGUGUUGCCAUCUUUUUUGCGCCGGUGGCUGCACGGGCCCGAAACAGAGCGACUGUCUCGCCUGCAAAAACUUCUUCGACGACGGUGUCUGCACGCAGGAAUGCCCGCCCAUGCAAAAGUACAAUCCAACCACGUAUUCGUGGGAAGCUAAUCCCGACGGAAAAUAUGCGUAUGGUGCAACCUGCGUGAGAAGGUGUCCGGAACAUCUCCUGAAAGACAACGGCGCUUGCGUAAGGUCCUGUCCGCCGAAAAAGAAGGCUCUGAACGGCGAGUGCGUGCCCUGCGACGGCCCCUGCCCGAAGGCCUGCCAGGGCGUCGAAAAGGUGCAUUCCGGGAACAUAGACAGCUUCAAGGACUGCACGAUCAUCGAAGGCUCGAUCACGAUCCUGGACCAGAGUUUCCAAGGCUUCCAGCACGUUUACCCGAAUUUCAGCUUCGGCAAACGGUACGAGAAGAUGCACCCGGACAAGCUAGAGGUGUUCAGCACGCUGAAGGAGAUUACAGGAUUCCUCAACAUCCAGGGGGACCACAAGGACUUCAAAAACCUAUCCUACUUUCGGAACCUGGAGAUGAUCGGGGGUAGAACGCUCACAGAAUACUUCGCCUCGUUGUACAUCGUGAAGACGUCGCUGGUGUCGUUCGGGCUCAGCUCCCUCAAGAAGAUCCUCUCGGGCUCGAUCGCCAUCCUGGAGAACAAGAAUCUCUGUUACGCGCAGAGCAUCAACUGGACGAGCAUCAAAAAAUCCUCGGAGCAUGAGAGCUUGCUGUCUAAUAAUCGGAACGAGAGCGAAUGCAUAAAAGAUGGACUAGUCUGUGACGAACAGUGUUCCGACGAGGGUUGCUGGGGUCCCGGUCCGGCGCAAUGUUUGUCGUGCAAAAACUUCAUUCUAGGGAACGAUUGUCUCCAGGAUUGCACCGCGCCAGGGAUCUACCAGGCGGACGAGAAGACCUGCAAGCUGUGCCACGACGAAUGCGACGGCACUUGCACAGGACCGAACGCGGAGCACUGCACGAAAUGCAAACACGCGCGUGACGGCCCGUUCUGCGUGCCCGAAUGCCCGUCCUCGAAGUAUAACGACAACGGCGUGUGCAAGGACUGUCACGAGAACUGCGUGGGCGGCUGCGAGGGACCCGAGAAUAACAUCGGCCCUAAUGGAUGCCACAGCUGCGAUAAGGCGAUCAUGAACGGCCAUGUACCUGAAAGAUGUUUGCAGAAAGGGGAACCGUGUCCUGAGGGACAUUACUACGAAUGGGUAAGUCCCCAGGAGCAAGGAGCUCUGAAGCCUCUAGCCGGAAAAGCCGUCUGUCGCAAGUGCCACCCUCGUUGCAAAAAGUGCACCGGUUACGGAUUCCACGAGCACGUGUGUCAAGAGUGUACGAAAUUCAAAAGGGGCGAGCAGUGUGAAGACGAGUGUCCCGCGGAUCACUUCGCGGACGCCGGCACUCAGCUUUGCAUACCUUGCUUCAGCGAAUGUCGAGGCUGCUUCGGACCGGGACCCAAUCAAUGCUACAAAUGUCUGAACUAUAAAAUUAACGUUGACGAAGACAUAGACGGCAACACGACGGCCUUCAACUGCACAGAAGUAUGUCCCCCCGAAUACCCGCACAAGAUCUUUCCUCCGGAUAGCGAGCCCUACUGUUCCCUGGAAACUGUUGUGCCUGGAUUCCAAGUGGAUAACGAGCUUCAACCAGCUAUCCUGGCGGGAGUCGUGGUGUUCGCUGUAGUGUUCAUCGUGGUCACUACCGUGAUUAUGUACUUAUGGCGCGUACGGGCGAAGGCGAAGGAGAACACGGUGAAGAUGACGAUGGCAUUGACCGGACUGGAUGACAACGAGCCUCUUCGUCCGACUGGCGUGAAACCGAACCUAGCGAAGCUGCGUAUCAUCAAGGAAGAGGAGAUGCGGAAGGGAGGCAUCCUAGGCUACGGCGCGUUCGGGAACGUCUACAAAGGUGUCUGGGUACCUGAAGGAGAGAACGUGAAGAUACCAGUAGCUAUAAAAGUUCUGCACGAUGGCACAGGAGCAAACACGUCCAAAGAAUUCCUGGACGAGGCGUACAUCAUGGCUAGCGUGGAACAUCCGAACUUGCUGCAGCUGUUGGCAGUUUGCAUGACAUCGCAAAUGAUGCUCGUCACUCAGCUAAUGCCGUUAGGCUGUCUGCUCGACUUCGUGCGCACGUUCAAGGACAAAAUCGGCUCAAAAGCUCUGCUAAACUGGUGCACGCAAAUUGCUAGGGGUAUGGCUUAUUUAGAGGAAAGGAGGCUGGUCCACCGAGAUCUCGCGGCGCGAAACGUCCUUGUGCAAACGCCCAACUGCGUGAAGAUCACGGAUUUCGGUUUGGCGAAGCUCCUGGACAUCAAUGAGGAACAGUACAAAGCUGCCGGUGGUAAAAUGCCGAUCAAAUGGCUGGCCCUCGAAUGCAUCCAGCAUCGAGUGUUCACGCAUAAAUCGGAUGUUUGGGCCUUCGGUGUCACGAUUUGGGAGGUUCUCACGUAUGGUGGCAGACCGUAUGAAAACGUGCCUGCGAGGAAUGUGCCGGAAUUGUUGGAGAAGGGCGAGAGGCUGCCGCAACCGGCGAUUUGCACGAUCGACGUAUACAUGAUUAUGAUCAAGUGCUGGAUGUUGGACGCCGAGUCCAGGCCCAGUUUCAAGGAACUGGCCGAGGACUUUGCGAAAAUGUCCAGGGAUCCUGGCCGAUACCUUGCCAUCAAGGGCGACAAAUAUAUGAGACUACCUUCGUAUACAUUGCAGGACGAAAAGGAAAUGAUACGGAACCUUGCGUCGGCUAUGGACGGUCCCGAGGCGCUAGUGGAUGCUGACGAGUACCUUCAGCCGAAAUCCAGGGCCCCGAUUCCCCCCGGGCUUUCAGCUUCCAAUACUUCCGGUUCCCCGCCAAAUACACCGGUGAAAGCCUGCUGGCCCAAUGGAAAACCAUUAGCCGCUGACUCGCCCACCCCUCAAAACCAACAAAACUGGGACAGGGAGCUGUUGAGGUACGGGGCGAAUCAUAGAAACGGGAAUGUGUCGCACGAGCCGGGAAAUUCUGGCCAGCACCCGCAUUUUGUAACACCGAAUGGUCAUUGUGGCCAUCCGGUAGGGUCGGACAGCUCUAGUUCGAGGUACUGUUCGGACCCAUUAAAGAUGAUCAGCGUCAGAGAUUGCGAUGUGACGGAUGAUUGUUAUGACGGCGAAGUGAACUCCGCGCACCAGCAGGCUCAAGUAGGAAACCUGAAGCUAGACUUGCCAUUAGACGAAGACGACUAUUUAAUGCCAUCGCCGCAAUUGCCGACAAACACGACGCAAUACAUGGAUCUCAUAGGGGACUCGAAGCCAGCGGACAUGGAACCGAAGCGAAUCAACAACGGCUACCGGAAGUAUCCAGAAUUCCUGACCAUCCAAGGGAAAACGUCGUUGGAUAAUCCCGAAUAUAUAAUGUCCCAGGACGAAGGACCUCUGACCCCUCAGACGUUGGGCAUCCCGACCCCGGACUUGGAGAAGGUCUUAACGAACGGAACCUUCGGGUCGCAGGUCAGACAAAGGAGUUCGGAAGAGGAGUCCGACCACGAGUACUACAACGACUUCGACCGCCUGGAACGUGAGUUGCAGCCGCUGAAGCCUCUCAGGAAGAACGAGACAACUGUCUGAUUCCAAGGAUCGCCGAAAUCAAAUGACUGUUGCCGUUGUUCCAAGCUGGACCUGUAGAAUCGGUAUCAUCCGUCGGCCGCGGUCGUCCUGGGCCUUCGAUCAAGAACAGACGGACCCGGUUCCUAGUGUUUAGGAAACUUCAGAGUACUUAGAAAAGGACACUUCGCCCGAGUGCCGUGUUUUGAUUGUGAUUAGACGUAGGACGCGAGAACUGUGCUAAACCUUCCCCGUCAGACCGAAACGGGUGCGUGUCCCGUACACGACGAACUGUCACGCGCACGCGAGCGCGUACGACGAACAAGUAGUGCAAAGAUAAUCUUAAUGUGCCAUUCGCCGUGGCUUGUAAAUAAAGUAGGUAACUGUCUACCAAUUUGUUUAAGGCUACUCUAAGAAUCGACGUACAGUAAAAUGGCAUAAGCAAUCGUCGCCCAUCCUUCUACCUUUACCUGACCUCCACGCUCGUCAUUCCCAAAACGGUCCUUUUCGUUGGAAAUUUCCACGGGAAAACUUGUUUCCCCGAACCACGACACGGAAGGGUCAUUCCAAUGGCGCGAGCGUGGACCUGUCUUUUCGUCGAGCGAAAUCGUUUUUCCAACCGCUUUGUCCCUGUUUCCCGAAGAGUUCGGUGCGCCCGGGUCCCGAUUUCACGCGACCGAAUCAUGAGAUGUCAAAAAUGGCACGCGGGGCCAUUUGAUGAUCGCGGACGGUUCUAAUGAAAUUUCGAGCGCCCCGCGUACGCAACAUCCGCGCGGUUCGCCGUUGACUGUGAUAAGAAACGUUCUUCUAUUUCUCGUGGACACUUAAAACAUCUCGAUUGUUGUUCCGGAACCCCUUCUGUUUCUCUUGUAGUGCAGCAAACUACGACAGUACAACGAAAUUGUCCUAAUUCACUGCCCCCCGGGAACGCGAAACAAUGCGACGCGCCGAAUCGCGCAACGGGAAAAGAAACACCGAACCUGUUUUCUCGUUUCCCGCGACUCUACUUAAAACGUCACACGAUCCCUUAUAUAUAUAUAUAUUUUUUGUAUGCCAUUCGCCUCCGCGGAAAAAAAGAAGAAAGGGACCAAUGAAAUUGGCCGUAGCCAAGCACGGGAAUCCGCCUCUCGACUUUUACAUGAAAGAGAAAACGCGUCUUGUAAAUAGACUAGCGACCCACUUAGCACGUAAGGCAAGACUUUUUACGAAUGUAAAGAAACGGAAAUGUACUUGAAGUAAAUUAAGCGAAUCCGUAGUCGUUCUUUUUUUUCUUUCGUUCGGUUUCCUCUCGACCGCGCCGGGGGAGAGGGAACGGGAAAAAAGACAACGAUUUGGAAGAAUUAGGAUUAGGACGUGCCAUGUUGUGUACAGAGAACACGCGACACAGCGAACGCUAUUUCACAUACGUGUGUUCUCCUCGGAGGGUGAGAUGAAACCGAUCCUCUCAGGCGUUGCGUUUCAUUUCUUGUGAAAGAUGUGCAUCGGGCGUCCGCGAGAUUGACGAUCUCAUCCACGAUGGUAUACUCGGCGGACAAGAUGCGGUAAUUCAAUUCAAUUUUAUGCAUCCCGGGAAUUCUGAUUUCUACGAUAAAACUGGUGACAGUUAAAUCUUUUAGCUAAGAUAUUUGAAUAAGCAUUCGAAUUUCUAUAAAGUGAAUCGUUUUAUAGACAAGGCCGUUGCAUGAGGUCAACGCAUCCUGUCCGCGAAGUAUAAUAAAAGCCUUCCAAAGGGAAUAGAAUUUCGUGCGGUGUUCUGUGAUAAAUGGGAACAAAUGUCUUACGUGAAAAUUGUUUUCUCUUCUUUCUUACCUUUCAAACGCGGUUAGCUCUAGUUGCUGGUGGACGAAAACGUUGUCGCACGGAUUUCCAAUCUCGCCGCACGCGGAAUGCACUAUCUUGUUAUUAACGAUGUAAGGAUAUACGUAUCGUGUACAUUGCGUUUACAUUUUUAAGUGUUAUAAAAACUGUUACGUCAGCGGUUUUCUCUCCUUUGUAAUAUAUAAACAUUCGUCGCGUUCGCUGAACGGAUCGGCGCGUAUCAACGUUUGGGAAACGUGUUCGCGCCCGAUCCGACGACUCCCGAGGAAUGGAUGAAGAAUGAAAAAUUUUGUGAGACCCGUUUUUUCGCAUUUUCCUCUAACCUGUGUCCCCUACUCCCCCUGGUUCGAUGAUAUUUCGUUUUCCUUUUCUUUCCCUCCCUUUUUUUUGUAAACCGACGAAAAAAACGUAUGGAAAGUAUGAGUGUGAAUUAGAAAUUGUACAAUACGUUUGAUCACCGGGAUAAUUAGCUGCGAGGAAUAUUGCAUUUGCCAUUCGGUUGUGGACCUAUAGAACUUAUAAAACUUUAUAAUAUCAUUGUGUUAUCGUAAAGAAAUUAUUGUAAUAAAGAAUCACCAUCAUUCUUAUGAGGUAUCGUAGUUUCUUUCAUUCCCGAUUUCUUCGUUACUCUGUUCGGAGACUUUUUGAUGUGUUUAAUAUGUAAACCUUCCAGAUUGUUGUAUUUCAUUUGUA